UGUCUUCAGGCGCUCUUUGAAACUCACGCAGUUCGGUGGAAGAUCGAAAUGGCGGCACCAGCAGAGAGGAUGGAGGUUUCUCAGGGGGAGAGCUCAGUCAAGCCUGCAGCUGAGGACAUGACGUCCAAGGACUACUACUUCGACUCCUACGCCCACUUCGGGAUCCACGAGGAGAUGCUGAAGGACGAGGUCCGCACGCUCACCUACCGAAACGCCAUGUUCCACAACAAGCACCUGUUCAAGGACAAGGUGGUGCUGGACGUGGGCAGCGGGACGGGCAUCCUCUGCAUGUUCGCCGCCAGAGCCGGGGCCAAGAAGGUCAUCGGGAUCGAGUGCAGCAGCAUCUCCGACUACGCUGUGAAGAUAGUGAAAGCAAACAACCUGGAUGAUGUUGUGACCAUCAUCAAGGGGAAGGUGGAGGAGGUGGAGCUUCCCGUGGAGGGGGUGGACAUCAUCAUAUCGGAGUGGAUGGGCUACUGCCUCUUCUACGAGUCCAUGCUGAACACAGUCAUCUACGCCCGGGACAAAUGGCUGAAACCAGAAGGCCUCAUCUUCCCAGACAGAGCCACGCUGUACGUCACGGCCAUCGAGGACCGGCAGUACAAGGACUACAAGAUCCACUGGUGGGAGAAUGUGUACGGCUUCGACAUGUCCUGCAUCAAGGAGGUGGCCAUCAAGGAGCCCCUGGUGGACGUGGUGGACCCCAAACAGCUGGUCAGCAACUCCUGUCUGAUCAGGGAAGUGGACAUCUACACGGUGAAGGCGGAGGACCUGACCUUCACCUCGCCGUUCUGCCUGCAGGUGAAGAGGAACGACUACAUCCACGCUCUGGUCACCUACUUCAACAUCGAGUUCACCCGCUGCCACAAGAGGAUCGGCUUCUCCACCAGUCCAGAGUCUCCCUACACCCACUGGAAGCAGACCGUCUUCUACCUGGACGACUAUCUGACCGUCAAGACGGGAGAGGAGAUCUUCGGCACCAUCGGCAUGAAGCCCAAUGUCAAGAACAAUAGGGACCUGGACUUCACCGUAGACAUCGACUUCCGGGGUCAGCUGUGCGAGAUGUCCAAGACGUCGGAGUACCGGAUGCGCUAGACGCCUGCCUCCGCCCGUUAGUUUGUCUUUAGAGGACAGAUUAUCCAUUUUUAAGGGGGGGGCUCCUCAAUAGUCCGGACCCCCCCUCCCCUCCCCCGCAGCCACAUUUUAAAGACUUGUUUUGUCAUUUUCUCGUUCCGACGGUGUUCAGGGAGGUUUCCUGGAGGUUCAGUGUAUGUGGUGGUGUUCUGGCAGGGUUCAGACCAGGGUUCUUCGUGUGGGGCAGCUGUGAGGCUGCAGCGGCUCCCAGAGCCUCAGCGCGGCGGCGGCGGCCGGGGCGUGCUGCGGCUCUGGGACUCUGCUUCCCCCUCCAGGUUUGGUCUGGCGGUUUUAAGGCGCUUGGGGUUUGCUCUCGGCUCCACUCCGGGCUCACUCGCUGCAGACGAGGCGCGACGCUGCUGCGCUGCGCCGAGUCGUCAGGUGAGCCUGGAGUGGCCGCCGGCGCCGACCUUCACGGGCGUUUCGGACCAAGCCUUGACCGUGUGAGGCGGCACCUCGUCCCCGGCCCCCCUCCAGGUCCAUGUGGCUCUGCAGGAACUGUUUGAAUCCAUCGUUUUGUUUUGUAUUUUGUGCUGCUGCUUUUUGUUUUUGUUUUUCUUUUUUUUAAAUAAAUUUAAUAAACGGUCAAAUGUAGGUAUUCUUUCAUCAGA